GCCACCAAUGUCGAGUCAUUGCUGACUGCUGAGGGUACUCUGAUCCUCUUCAUCACCGCUUUUGAUAGGCGAGCCUCCGGCCUCAUGCACAUGGAUCAUAGAUCACUCGCGGUCACGUUCACAAAAUCAGACCUGAACUUUCGGUCACAAGGUUGUACUCCACUUCUAUCUGUGGCAUCGCAUCUUCCAUCUAUAAAAUUAGGACUUAUCUCAACGUGAUGUCCUUCGUUUCUGCUUUCAAUCUCGAGGCACCUAGUGUCUAUUAUCAUGACUACACCACGCUGCCCUCCAGUUUCAAGCACCUUCGAAGGAGAAGGGAAGCAGGACUACGAAAAGAUUAGUUUCGAUGCCGAAGUUGCUUCGCAUGCACUUCGCCUCCGUGGGCGUAAAUUGACCAUUUCGAUUGCAUUCGUUGCUGGCACUGGAUUUACGCUGUUCGGCUAUGACCAAGGGGUUAUGUCCGCAUUGCUGACCGCUGGACAGUUUGAGAAGGUCUUCCCCCAAGUUGUAGUGGAUAGCAGUCACCCUAACCACGCUACUUUGCAAAGUUUUGUUGUCGCCAUAUAUGAGAUCGGAUGCCUCAUGGGGGCUUUAUCUAAUCUUUGGGUGGGAGAUCGUUUAGGAAGACGCCGAACAAUUGCCUUGGGCGGAUGUAUCAUGAUUAUUGGUGCCAUUCUCCAAACGACCAGUUACAGCUAUGCUCAAUUAGUUGUUGCUCGGAUAGUCACAGGUAUUGGAAAUGGUUUGAAUACCUCUACAGUCCCUAGCUACCACGCAGAACUCUCGUCGGCAGCGAAACGCGGCGCGUUGAUAUUGAUUGAAGGGUCUCUUAUCACUUUUGGUAUUAUGAUCUCAUAUUGGAUAGAUUUUGGCCUCUUUUGGGCGAGUGCAUCUUCUGCUCAGUGGAGAGUCCCGAUUGCGCUCCAGAUAGUUUUGGCUCUGGUCAUGGUCUUUGGAAUCGGUUUCCUUCCUGAAUCACCAAGAUGGCUUGUAAAGCAAAACCGAAACGCAGAGGCAAUGGCAGUCAUAUCGGCGCUUGAGAACAAAUCACCAGACGAUGCUGAAGUUCAACGCACCUAUCAUGCUAUUCGGGAAGCAGUUGCAAUCGAGGACUUUGGGACCCCCAGGGGCUUUGGAGACAAACAUGCAACACAGAACCUCAAGCGCUCACCUUUGAGAAAACUUCUCGUUGGCGGCCGCAGCCAACAUUUCCGGAGAGCUUCUCUAGGAGUGAUCAACCAGUGCUUUCAACAGAUUACGGGCAUCAACUUGAUUACAUAUCUUACGAUUCUAUUCCAACGCCUUGGUCUCUCGGAUGUUACUUCGCGUCUUAUCGCGGCUGCAAAUGGAACAGAGUAUUUCCUUGCCUCUCUUAUAGCUAUCUUCAUCAUAGACCGUAUCGGACGACGAAAGCUCAUGCUUUUUGGUGCUGUAGGCCAGUGCAUUACUAUGAUAUUGCUUGCCGUUCUCGGCAGUGUACGAGGCACUGGAGCACAAGUAGUGAGCGCCGUGCUACUUUUUGUGUUCAACUCGUUCUUUGCUAUUGGCUGGUUGGGUAUGACAUGGCUAUACCCUGCUGAAAUCGUUGGGUUGGAAAUUCGCGCGCCUGCCAAUGCACUGAGCACAUCUUCGAACUGGAUAUUCAAUUUCGUGGUCGUGAUGGUCACUGGCCCAUCGUUCAACAAUAUAUCAUGGGGCACUUACAUUGUAUUCGCUGCGUUGAACGCUUUCAUCAUUCCAGUAGUCUAUUUCUUCUUCCCAGAGACUGCAGGUCGUUCGUUGGAAGAUAUGGAUGUCGUCUUUGCGCUGGCUUACAACGAAGGUGUCUCGCCGGUCAAAGUCUCUCUACGGAAGGACAUUCCUCUUGCAGGGUCACCAGAGGCUGAUAGAAUAUUAGGUAUAGAACAAUAGACUGGAAAGUUAGCAAUUCGGGAGAGACGUCGUACCAUGUAUUGUAGAGAAUGCCCAGUCCGUCAGGCACAUUAUGUGCACGGAAAUUAUACCUCAAAAUGUCAGCUAGGUUACGGGG